AUGGUGGCCAUCCACUUCAUGAAGUCAGCGGCGUACAUGACGACGCUGGAUGAAGUUCAGCCUCAAGAACAAGCUGGAUUCCGCCAGGGGAUCAACUGCUUGGGCCAAAUCCAGACCGUGUCGAGGGUCAUUGAGGUUCCACCGCCUCCUCACCAUACUCAUUGCAAAGGGGAUGCGACAAAGCGAUACUGCAUGGUCGAAGCUGUUCAAGAUGGCUACAUCACGUUACGGAGGAAAUACGAGAACAGCGUGGGCACAUUUGCACCUGUCAGGGAAGCUACGGAUCAAGAGCUCCAUGCUCAUCUGUUUGACUUGAAAGUUCUUCCGGCAGCGAAGACGCAGUGA